AUGAAGUCCUUCAUCACCUCCUCCCUGGCAGCGGCCGCCUUGUACACGAGCGCCGUCGCCGACCCCAUCCAGAACUGUCCCAAUGGCAACAGCGGCGUCUGCUUCCAGGUCGCUGUACCCGAAUCGGCAGCAUCAGCCGGCACCGGCAACCUCUACUUCCAGAUCUCAGCACCAGACUCGUACGCCUGGAUCGGCCUCGGCACCGGCACGCGCAUGUCCAACUCGAACAUGUUCCUCAUGUACCAGGACGGCAGCGGCAACGUGACCAUCAGCCCGCGCCGGGCCUCGGGCCAAGUCAUGCCCCAGGUCACGACCAACGGCGCUCAGCUCGAGCUCCUCGCCGGCUCGGGCGUCAGCAACGGCGUCAUGACCGCCAACGUCCGCUGCUCCAACUGCGCCUCUGGCUCAUCCACGCCCGGAUGGCAGAUUACCGCCUUCAUGCUCAUGUGGGCGGGCUUCGGUCUCGGCGUCGUCUACGGCAACGACCACGGAUACCUUUUCAAGCAGACGCACACCAUCCUCGGCACCGUCGUGUGCGUGCUCCUGGUCGUCCAGCCCUUCCUUGGCUUGGUGCACCACAUGCACUACAAGAAGCACCAGAUGCGCGGCGCUGUCAGCCAUUCGCACAUUUGGUUUGGUCGCAUCGUCCUGCUCCUCGGCAUCAUCGACGGCGGUCUCGGCAUGCAGCUCGCCUCGUCCUCGACAACGUGGAUCGUCGCCUACUCGGUCGUCGCCAGCAUCACGACGGUGCUGUAUGUGCUCGCCAUCUGGCUCAAGUCGAGGCGGACGGGCGGUCGCAGGAAGGACGACCUCAGCCUCGGCGGUUCGCCGGUGCGCGAGUCGCACGAGAUGAAGUAA